ACCAUGGAGUACCCUUGUGGUCUUCUCACCUGCUCCAAGCAGCCAGUGCCUCUUAAGAGCAUCUCUGUGGCUCUGUCCAUCCAUGAAUUUGUGGCAGAUGUGUCUGCAACCCUGGACUACAAGAAUAAGGAAACAGAUCCUGUGGAAGCAUUCUUUGUGUUCCCCAUGGAUGAAGACUCUGCUGUUUAUAGCUUCCAGGCUCUGGUGAAUGGGAAGAGUAUAGUGGCAGAAAUACAGGAGAAGCAGCAGGCGCAGGAGUAUUAUGAGAAUGCCAUCUCCCAAGGCCAGCAAGCCUUCCUUCUGGAGCAGGAUAGCAGCUCUGGUGACAUCUUCAGCUGCGGUCUAGGAAAUUUGCCCCCUGGCCAGAAGGCUGCUGUCACUCUGAGCUAUGUUCAGGAACUGUCCCUGGAGGCAGAUGGGGCUGUUCGCUUUGUCCUGCCGACCAUCUUGAAUCCGCGCUAUCUCCUGCAAGGGUCAACUCAGGCAGAAAGCAUCACCUCUCGAAUCCUUCGGGUUCUUGGCAAGAAGCUGCCCUACACGUUUAGUGUUAGUGCCAAUAUCUGCUCUCCCAGUGGCAUUGAGAAAGUCCAGUCCAACUGUGCUCUGAGUCCCCUGCGGUACUUGGAAGAUGAUAAGACUGUUGCCGAGAUUUCCUUGGCUAAAGGGUAUCAGUUUGAUCGGGAUGUGGAGAUUCUGGUUUACUACAGAGAGGUGAACACACCCAGUGUGUCUGUGGAGCUGGCCCAGGCUGAUGCCAAACCAGGUUCCCUGAUGGGAGAUCCAGCUGUGAUGGUGAGUUUCUACCCUAGCUUUCCUGAGUCUCAGGGAGAGAAUACUGGUGAAUUUAUCUUCCUCAUGGACCGCUCAGGGAGCAUGUCUUCACAAAUGAAUACCAAAGCAGGUGCCCAGUUGCGCAUAGAUAGUGCUAAGGAAACUCUGGUCCUGCUGCUGAAGAGUUUGCCCCUUGGCUGUCUUUUCAAUAUCUAUGGCUUUGGAUCCUCCUUUGAGUCAUUCUUUCCAGAGAGUGUGGAGUUUACCCAGAAGUCCAUGGAGGAGGCUGUGCAAAGAGUAAAGGCUCUAGAAGCAAACCUGGGAGGGACUGAAAUCUUAGAGCCCCUGAAGGAUAUUUAUAGCAAGUCCUGCAGGCCAGGCCACCCUCGGCAGCUCUUCGUCUUCACAGAUGGAGAAGUUAGUGAUACUCGGAGGGUCGUUGCUGAAGUUCAACGCCACAGUCAGAAUCACAGGUGUUUCUCUUUUGGAAUUGGAGAAGGGGCUUCCACCAGCCUUAUUAAAGGCAUUGCUCGGGCAGCUGGGGGCACUGCAGAGUUCAUCACAGGCAGGGACAGAAUGCAGCCCAAGGUCCUCAGAUCCCUCAAGCGGGCCUUGCAGCAGGUGGUACAGGAUGUCUCCCUGACCUGGACUCUGCCCCGUGGGCUAGAGACUACCUUGCUCUCUCCAGCUCCUACUGUCAUCUUCCAGGGUCAGAGGUUAAUCGUCUAUGCCCAGUUGAAAGGGACAAAUGCAUCCCAAGAGGCAGCAGGUGAGGUGUGUCUUCACUACACACUCCAAGGUGAUGCCUUCAAGAACACAGUGCAAUUCUCCCUGGAGCCCAAAGCAGAUGACAAACUUACUAUUCACCGGCUGGCUGCCAAGUCCUUGAUCCAGACCCUUGAUGGAAACUUACAGGAUGCUACAGAAGAGAAAAAAAAAGUUGUGGAUGUCAGCCUUCAGUCGGGAGUUGUCUCCUCUCACACUGCCUACGUUGCUAUCAACAAGGAGCUCAAUCAGCCCAUUCAGGGGCCCCUAACUCGCAGGGAUAUUCCAUUGCCUUUUACUUAUCCUAGUUCCCCGGCUUUCCACAAUAUUGCAAGAAGUGCAGAUAGUUUGCAACUCAUUCCUAACCUAUGUUCAUAUGGUGCAGCUUGGAUGUCUAACACCUUUGGAGCCUGUGCUGAUUUGGGUGAGCCUGAUGAGUGGAAUGAUAGCCAUCUCUGUGCCUCAGACUCUUCCACAAUGAUAUCUGCUACAGACACAUCCCCUCCAGAGUCUCUGCUUCUGCAGCUAAUUUCCCUCCAGAAGGCAGAUGGUUCCUGGGAACUGGAUGAAGCUCUGGCCUCAGUCCUGGGUGUGGGUGUUCAGAGUGCAUUGGCUGCAUUGCCUGACCAGAGUAAAGAUGUCCCAAGAUGGGCCACUAUCUUGGCUGUGCUGUGGAUGCACAGCUCCAGUUGGGACCAGAGAGAAGAAUGGGAACUCCUGGAAAGGAAGGCUGUGGCAUGGAUCCAGGCUCGAUCUGAUUCCUCCCUGGGUGAAUGCAUCAAAGCUGCCAAUGCUCUCCUGAAAUCAUCUGUGAAUCCUGCUGUCUUUGGUCUGUGAGAGUAGAAAUCAAAAUGUUUAUCUUUGACUGCUGCUCCUAACCCUCUAUGCUGCAAAAACCUGUUGGUGUGCCUUCCUUUCUGGCUAUGCUCAUUCCCCAUACAGACUGGUCCAUCAGGUUCCAUUGGGUUCAGUUCAAGUAUUUUUUAAGGGCCCUGCUAUGUGUUGGGCAUGUGCUAGGAGCUGUUGCAAUGAAGACAAAAGUGAGAGCCUUCUCACAAGCAGUUUGCAUUCUACUGGAGAAAGUAGCAAGUACACAAGUCAGCAAAUUUGAAAAUAUGUACCAAAUAAAUAAAAAUAAUUUUAUAGAGGGAGGGGAGAAAGUAGGAUGAAUCAAGAAAGAACUCUUUCAGUUCCACAAACACUUAUACUAGAUCAUUCUUUGUGGUAACCAGAAUCUCUGUCAUGUCAUAAAAUCCAUGAAGUUCAGGGCUUUGGAAGGCAGGUAUUACUCCAGCUUUUCCUUUCCCCCCUUUAGACUAUCUCAAGGCAUAUUAAAGAAAGAAUGGUUUUCUCUUGUUUUAUAAAUGAGUAAACAGAAAGAGGGAGAUGCCUAGUUUGAAGUGUCUUUUUGUCUUCAUGCAGGUAGGGAAUUCACUUUUGAAGAGAGAGUUAAAAUUUAGAUGGAGGUAGGACAUGCUUCUACCAUGACAUGUUAUCGUACGAGAUAUUAUUUGCAUUAGAUGACUUGAAAAAAUUCUCAUAACACUAUCUUGCACACUCCCAGGACAAAGCUGGUGAGCAGGUAAGGACCCCAAACAAAGGGAGCUAGAGGAGGAAGGCAUACAUUAGGUUUAACCUAACUCUGUGUCUGGAGGAUGAGCUUGGGAAGAGAUACCUAAACUGCACUGGACCAUUCUGAUUGUCUCUGUGUGGCCUUUAUAUCCUCUACUUCUACAAGCACUGAUGAGAUCCCCAUGCCACCUAUGGCUGCCCUUGGAGACAUAGAGACUAAUCUGUGCUCAUGGAGGUGGAAUGCUAUGACUAUGGGCUGUGGGCCCUUGUCUUUUAUGCUGUAUUCUCUGCUUAGCAACAAUAAUAGUGGGAAGAUGUAAAUUAGAAAUAUACAUCUCCCUCUGUCUGAGAUGAAGGCAAAGUCCUUUUUUGCAUGCUACAAUCUUAUAUCCUCACUUGUUUUGUCAUGGGUACUUAAGCUUUUCACAAACCUGUUAUUUCCCGCAACUAUUCUACUACCAAGAAUACAAUGACUUGCCUAUUA